AUGGAAGCUACAGAGGUAGCUUCGCCGCGGAUAUUCGCUCCCUCUACGUUCAAUAUUGAUGAUUCUCAGCUCUGUUUCUCGAAGACACACUUCAGUAGACCUGAUUUCAAUGUUCAACGUUUCAUGAACUUAACUCGGAGACGAGCUGGACUUGAUCAGAUUCAGAAAGACCUCCGACUUUAUCUGAAAAGCCUACAACAUUCAAUGAUAGAACUUAUCAACGAUGACUAUGCUGAUUUUGUACACUUGUCCUCGAACUUAGUAUGUCUUCAUUCAAAUAUAGACAAAUUGGAUAAAGAUUUAACGGGAGUUUGGACAGAGUUCGAGUCGAGUACGAGAGAUGCAGUGGGUAUUGCGGAAAAAGUAGAAAUAAACUGUGAACAAUUAACAGCCAACAGAUCUUCACAAAGUGCAUUAAGAAAUAGAAUUGCGUUCAUCUCAUCUUUGAACCGUCUGAAUAGUCUAAUCAAGAACUCCUCAGGCCUUCCAAGCUUGUUAUGGUUGGAAAAAGUAUCUUCAUGUAUAGUGGACAUAUCUACUCAUGAAGAAGAGUUAUUAACUGAGAAAGAGCACCAACAAAAAACAAAGGUGUUGCAACAACUCGAUAAAAAACUUUGUUUGGAGGGAGUUAAAAGUUUGGACUCGGAUUGUGCCACUUUUCCAUUGAUCUUGUCAGUAUUAACAGUAAUCAAGUCAACAGAUAGUUUCACCUCCGCUUUGGUCGGUGAUUUUCUUUAUCCCAAAUUAGUACAAGAUAGUAAUGAUCUUUUUACAUCUAUGAUGUCAGUUUACAAAGGAGUUGAGAAGACGAGAUCGGAAUGGAAAAGUGCACUCGGAGCGAACUUUGUUGGCAAUAUUGAGAUAUUCUUGGACCAUUCUCUCUUGACAUUUAUACAAACGUUCAUAGAUAAGAAGCUAGGACGAGUUGCUGUACCGAGUGAUACUCGACUCUUCCAUAAAUGCUAUCUUGCUACGCAAGCUUUCAUAUCUGAAUGGCCGACAGGACCGAAAUGCCGAACUUUGUUGAAAGGAAUCCGAGAUAAGUUUAAUCUCACUGUGUACUUCAAGUUAGAAACACAUAAAUUCACACGAAAACUGGAUUCAGAAUUGGCUCCUGAGUCUAUAACUUUACUGAGUGAGAGAGAGGAAGGUGAUUUAUGGUUCACAACUUCGAAAUCAGCUUUACACGCUAUCGAAACUGUCUGGGAUGAUGACGUAUACUUGACUCCCCUUAUUGAUAAGUUAUGGGAGUUCACGUUACGCAUGGCCUCAAAGCAUUACGGAUGGAUAAAAGCUAUGUAUCAAAGUAUUGUAGUGGAGGGUGCUGUUGCCAUAGAUGGCGUUGAUACUUGGGAGUUGUUGCUUUAUCUAAGAACAGAUGCCAAAUUAGUUCAUAAUAAGAUCUUUGAUUUAUCGCUGGAACACAUUUGGACGAAACUAAGAGAUCUCGAAGUCGAUACUUCAGUAUUCGGCCAAUGUUUAACACGAUUGGGCAACUUGAUUGAUGCAGAAUGUGUCAAAUAUGAUGAAUCUCUGAUUAGUUCAGUGCAGCAGCAAGUCAAUAAGGUUCUUGAUAGUGUUUGUGAUAUUCCAAAGCAGUAUCGAUGGACCCGUAAGCCAUUACCUACAACAAGCUCUAAUUACGUUGGAGAAGCAUUUUCUUUCGUUAAGAAGUUGACUGAAAAGUUUGAUGAAACGGAGUAUCCCGACAAGGAAAAGGUUAUCGUUAACAUAUACUCAUCAGCUUUGAAUCACUUCUGUGAGAAAGCAAAAGAGGUUUUGGAUGGUGUUGAUGCUACUGGAUCCAGCUUAUCCCGUUUCAAAAGAAAGGGUAAUGCUCAAGAAGGUGUCUCCGAUGAUGACAAAAUCAAGGCUCAGAUCAACUGUGAUGUAAAAAGUUGUAUAGAAACUGCAGAAAAACUAGGUUUAAGCUGUGAUGAUUUACAAAUUGUCUUGACCAGAUCUCAUCUUGAGGUCACAGAACGAAGCCAAACCCCGGAAGUAGUUCCUACAGCUUCUGCUGUGACCGCGAAGAAUGUGGAGGAAGAAGAAGAACUUUAA